GACCACUGGCUGCUGGACCUGGUGACACAGGUGGCCCUGGGCGUGUCUGUGGUGGCCCUGGACCACUGGCUGCUGGACCUGGUGACGCAGGUGGCCCUGGGCGUGUCCGUGGUGGCCCUGGUGGCCAUGGGGGUGUCACUGGUGUCACUGGCUGUGUCCAUGGUGGCCCUGGACCACUGGCUGCUGGACCUGGUGACGCAGGUGGCCCUGGGCGUGUCCCUGGUGGCCCUGGUGGCCCUGGGCGUGUCACUGGACCACUGGCUGCUGGACCUGGUGAUGCAGGUGGCCCUGGGUGUGUCUGUGGUGGCCCUGGACCACUGGCUGCUGGACCUGGUGAUGCAGGUGGCCCUGGGCGUGUGGCCCUGGGCGUGUCUGUGGUGGCCCUGGUGGCCCUGGGGGUGUCACUGGUGUCACUGGCUGUGUCCAUGGUGGCCCUGGUGGCUCUGGGGGUGUCACAUUGGGGAUGUCACUGGUGUCACUGGUGUCACUGUCCCCCCCUGUCCCCCCCAGGACCACUGGCUGCUGGACCUGGUGACGCAGGUGGCCCUGGGCGUGUCCGUGGUGGCCCUGGUGGCCGCGGCCGCCACCUUCGCGCUGUGCCGCGCCGUGGCCGAGCCGCGCCGGACGCUGCAGCUGCACCUGAGCCUCAGCCUGCUCGGGGGGCACCUGGCCUUCCUGCUGGGCAUCGACAGCGCCCACCGCCCGGUGGCCUGUGUGGUGACAGCGGUGGCCCUGCACCUGUCCUACCUGUCUGCGUUCUGCUGGAUGGCGCUGCAGGGGCUGCACCUCUACGUGCUGCUGGUCCAGGUGUUCUCGCCGGCCUGGCUGCGCCCGCGGCCGCUCCUGGCCCUGGGCUACGGCCCCGCCCUGGCCGUGGUGGCGCUGGCGGCGGCGGCGUUCCCUCAGGGAUACGGCACCGAUCAAUAUUGCUGGCUGUCCCUCGAGCGCGGUUUCCGCUGGAGCUUCCGGGGCCCCGUCAUCGUCAUCACCGCCGCCAACGCCGCCAUCCUGGUUGUCACCCUCUGGAAGUUGGUGCAGAAAUUCCACGAGGUCACCCCGGACAUGGGGACCCUGCGCCGGGCACGGGUGCUGUGGGUGACGUCACUGGGCCAGCUCUCCCUGCUGGGCUCUGGUUGGGCGCUGGGCGUGGGGGCGGGGCUUGGCUGGGCGGGGGGGGCGGGGCCGCCCCUCCCCCCCGGCAGCGCCCCCCCGCCCCUCCCCCUCCUGUUCUGCAUCGUCAACGCCGCCCAGGGGCUGCUGAUCUUCCUGUGCCACUGCCUGGGGCACCCCAAGGUGCGGGGCUGGUACCACUCCCUGCUGUGCCCCCGCUCGGGGCCCUACUCGGAGUUCACCAGUCACACCAGUAACACCAGUAACCCCACCAGUCACACCAGUAUGGGCCGGCUGCGGGGAUCCCAGUCACACCAGUCACACCAGUAACACCAGGUGAGC